UCAAUGCAGGACAAAUCUUCUCUAAAUUGGAAUGUCUUACAAAGAGAUCAAAAGGCAUGACAAGGCCAUCAUAUUAGAUGGACCAACACCACUUCCAAUUUAUAAUCUAAAUCAUACAACGCGACCAUUACCAGUGUCCUCAAGUUCACAGGGACAAAUAUCAUCUUUAGGUGCACAGGUUUCAUGGAGAUUGCCAAGAGAAGAAGACUUAGAGCUACGGCUUGGUUCAACAGGACAAAUCUUGAGCUCAAUUAGAACGCCUUACAAAGAGAUCAACAAAGAGGACAAGGCCAUCUUAUUACCAAAGCCUAUUCCCAGACCAACACCAAAGGCAAAUUAUAAUCUAAAUCAUGUUUGUUGUUUGUAA